UACCCUUUCCAUCACUAACACUAAAACCAUCAGCUACAAACUUCACUUUCCUCAAUGGCAGCCUCAACAAUGGCUCUCUCCUCCCCCUCCUUUGCCGGACAGGCAGUGAAGCUCUCGCCCUCCGCUCCUGAGAUCACAGGCAAUGGCAGGGUCUCAAUGAGGAAGACAGUUGCCAAGCCCGUCUCAUCUGGCAGCCCAUGGUACGGUCCAGACCGUGUCAAGUACUUGGGCCCAUUCUCCGGUGAGCCCCCGAGCUACCUCACUGGUGAAUUCCCAGGUGACUAUGGAUGGGAUACCGCCGGACUUUCAGCUGACCCAGAGACCUUUGCCAAGAACCGUGAACUUGAGGUGAUCCACUGCAGAUGGGCCAUGCUUGGAGCUCUUGGUUGCGUCUUCCCUGAGCUCUUGGCCCGCAACGGUGUCAAGUUCGGUGAGGCGGUUUGGUUCAAGGCCGGAGCACAGAUCUUCAGCGAGGGUGGUCUUGACUACUUGGGUAACCCAAGCUUGAUCCAUGCACAGAGCAUCUUGGCAAUCUGGGCUUGCCAAGUUAUUUUGAUGGGAGCUGUUGAGGGUUACCGUAUUGCUGGUGGGCCGCUCGGUGAGGUGACCGACCCACUCUACCCAGGCGGCAGCUUCGACCCAUUGGGGCUGGCUGAUGACCCAGAAGCCUUCGCUGAGCUCAAGGUUAAGGAGAUCAAGAACGGCAGACUUGCGAUGUUCUCCAUGUUCGGAUUCUUUGUUCAGGCCAUCGUCACCGGAAAGGGCCCGUUGGAGAACCUCGCUGACCACCUCGCUGACCCAGUAAACAACAACGCCUGGGCCUACGCCACAAACUUUGUCCCUGGAAAGUGAAGUCUACUCAGAAGAGUGCACUAAAUUCAGGCUGUUUGAUGACGAUGUAAAGUUACUGUGAAUUAUUGGAAUACAAAGUUAUUUUUGUGUGCUUCAAUGAAUGCGAAUGUUUUUUUCA